GUCAUUGCCAGCCAAUAUCGAAACCUCGAGGAAAACCUCGAGCUUUCUUCAUUCUUCGCUGCGUGGUUGUGUCUUCGUUCUUGCAGUGCUCAAGAGGAACAGGCGGUCCAUCCGCAAAACAGAGCUAGCGCCACACGUUAUGUGGCAAACGCUUUCCAAGGAAACUUCUCCGGAAUGGUCCACUGUAAUUCCGGAGCCAAGUGACGUUCCUCUAGGCGUUUCGGUACCCGUCGAAGUCACAUACUACAGCAGCCCCAUCCGCAUCUUCCUCAAGUACAAUUUCGCUAGCGAACACGCAGAAAAUGUGGUAUGUAAUGCGUCUCAUCUCUACUCUGCACACGUCGGGAUGUUCUGCGUGGUCUACUGCGAAACACCCGAAGGUUUCCACCGAGCGCAGAUCACUGAUAUUCAUUCAGAUCAAAAUGGGAUACAGAUUGCAGCUGAAGUAUUCUACGUCGAUCGAGGUGACGUAGACAUAGUCGGUCUCGACGCUGUACUUCCCAUCGACGAACGCAUCGCUGCUCAAGCAAAUUUGACAGUGCCCUGCUGCAUAAGGACAGUGCGCCCCACUCAACUGAGUUCUCGACAGGACCUCCACGAACUGACGUCGUACGGUACUGGCUUGUAUGAAGCCAUCUUUCAUGGCGUUUCCGAAGCAGGUGUUUACGAUAUUGACCUCUUCAUGAUAGAUACAAAUGUUGGGAAACCAGUGGAACGAAGAAAUGUUGCCGAUAUGCUGGUACAGCGUGGCUUCGCGACGUACCUCCUGUAUCCCAUUAAGACUAUUCGACCUCGUGUCAUACAUGACCAGACUAGUGAGCUCUCGGAUCCAGUUUCGCAGGAGGCAGAGCAGCCAGUUCAUGAUGUAGUCUGGCAGUUACCAUCACCUGUAGUGCCUGGUACAGGUUUGAUUGACGUAAAUAUCAUGCACAUCCUUACACCAGACCACUGGUAUGCUCAACUUGCAGCGUCGGAAAUGCAAAUGAAGUCUAUUCAGAGGUUACUGUCACCAGUACGAAUGAACGGAGCAUGUAAACUGAAAGAGUACCAUAAGGGGACUUUCUGCAUCUAUAAAGAAACACCCUCAGCAGAGGGAUUCAGGGCGCGGAUAGAAGCAAAUGAGGAACAGGGCAUACAUCUCUCGCUGAUCGACUACGGUGAAGAAGUAAGCACAAACUCUGCAUGUCUCUAUGCCAUGGACAGAGAACUGUCAGCGUAUCCUCCUCUUGCACUUCGAUUCCAGCUACAUAACAUCCGCCCUUGGGGUGUAUGGACGGAGGCCGCAGCUUUUAAGUUCAAGCGCUUGCUGAAAAUGAACGGAGCAGCUCCCGUUUCUGUGCCGGCUCAAGUCGUAUCGGUCAGCGGAGGUCGCGAGGGCAAGAUCGUGACCGUCAACCUCGUUGACGAGGCCGUGGGAAAUCUUGGCGAAAUCUUGAUUCAAGAAGGGUACGCCAGGAAGCCGGCGAAAAACGAAAUAUGUCACGACAAGCUACGAUUCAGAACGCACGAUCCCAUGAAACAGGACUACGAGAGCUGUCUCAACAGCUACAAGAUAGACACCGACGACCCCGGCGUCGCCACAACGCAGUACGCCGUCCGCAACGAGGCUGGUGUCUGCAGGUACUUCAGUCGAAACGGGUCAUGCAGGUACGGCGACCGCUGCUCGUACAGGCACAUCUACGGUGACCGCAACACCGUGAUGCUGCGGGACUCUGAUCCCGUUCCCUGCGUCGAUACGUGCCGGGUCCCCAAGAUCGGAAGCUUCGUUCUGGGACAGGUGUCCGCUUUCGCUAGCCCCAGUCUGUUCUACCUCGUCUUUCCUUACGGCACCAGGGACAUCAGCAGGCUUCCUACCAGACACGGUGGCGAGAAGGAAACUCUGCAUUCCUUAACCGCAGAGAUGCAGCGCGAGUACAGCCGGCGCACGUUCGACGACAACACGUUGAGCCGUAGGGCCUGCGGUGAAGUGGUCGCAGCUUACAGCAGGCGCCAGGAGCAGUGGCAGCGUGCCCACGUGAUCUCGACGAACCACAACACGGUUCGUGUCACAUACCCAGAUUUCGGGGACACCGAGUGGGUGCCGACCAACCUCGUACGAGACCUGAAAGCCCAGUUUAUGCAUCUUCCCUUCCAAGCGGUUCAGGCGUGCAUGGCCGAUGUCCAGCCCAGAGGGCACAAACGGGGGGCCGUGUGGGACCGCGACUGUAUUACCGUUGUGGAACGGUGGACAAGUGGAAAAGUGCUUCUGGUGGAAGUGGUCGACCACGUUUACGAUGUGCUGCAUGUCAAGUUGUUCACGUACGAGGAUAACCGCGUGGAAUCGUUGGGCGGCAGACUGGGAGACGCUGCGCUUGCGGAGUUCCACAGUAAAAAGCCCUGUGCAGCGCCGGGUGGGAUGUGCAAUAUACCACUGUGACAUAAACUAGAGCUCAGUUCCAAAUAAUCCGAUGAACUUUCAAAAUCAAUCCGGUGUUUCGCAUCAUCACUUCCUAUAGCAUUGUGGUAAAUCUCUCGGAAUACUUUUAUCUGCCAUUUUAUUUGUCUCCGCAUGCGAUGUACAAUACAUUAGGAGCAGCACCGCAAGUAUCGCUAAAAAUGAUUGCCCGUGAAUUGUCAUGCUUUGUUAUUUUACCUGUUCUGUAGCGUUGAUUUAUUUUUGUGCUUGUGCUGUUGGUGCUGUGACAAAAUGUUUAUAGACUCAAACUCACGAUGUGCCUUAACAACCUUGAGUGUUCUGCAGAAUACAUUUUGUAGCUGAUGGGCUGUAGGCAUAUUUUCACACUAAGGGCAUUAUCGUUCUGCUUGAUUGUGUUUUAUAAUUGAAACUCGUGAUGUUGAUCAUAUUUAUGCUUCGGUCAUCCAGGAUAAUGUCAUAAAUAAAUUUGGCUGCACCAAUCGCAUAGUACCGUAUAAGUAGCAAUUUUAGCGAGGACUUUCGUAAAUUUUGCAAAAGCUGUUUUUCUGUGAAAUUAAGGCCCUGCGAAAUAUUCUCCAAACGUGCCUCCAUGCGAAUUCGCGAAUUAUUGAGACCGCGAAAUUAAUCACUUAUACAGUAUAUAAAAUAUACAAAUAAAAUAGUCUAUAGGAGAUAUGGCAACAGUGUACUAGCACCUUUGUCUUACCAGUAAAUGACAUAACGGCAGGUACCUUUUGUCAUGCCCUAUAUUAUGGUGUUUUGCACUACAGGAUUAUUGAAUUUUAGCAAGCUCGUCAGCUCAACCCGGAUAUCCAAGUCGUUACACAGCAGCCGUGCUACUGCUCGGAAAGCAAGAGGUGGGCACGGAUAGGGUGAUCACUUGAUCGCAUUCCUGUCAUUUCUAGUCUUAACCAACAUUAACGCUUCCCAAGCUCUUCGGCCCUGCGACCUAUUAAAAGCUCAAAAUGUAGUUUCACUUCCCCCAACCCCGAUGCCACAAGGUUUUUUAGUUCAGUGCACGGAAUGUAAUACACAAAGAUAUAUCUCACACUUGACGCUUAAAUUUUCUUUGACGCUCCUGUCAUAGUGGGCUAGACUAGAAACCAUCGCAAAAAUAACAAUAAAAACAUUAUGCCAGCAAGAAUGAGGAAUGACUGUUCCUAAUGACUAAAGUGAGCUUGUGAAAACGAGGGCACAGUAACUCUCAGUUCCGACUCUCUGUCAAGCUGCAACUUGUGCUUUGAUUUCAUCGACGUCACCCCAGUAAGGCAAGUUCGCACGAGUAUGUCGUAACAAAGGGAAGAAGGGUCCUCACGCCGUUAGUAUUUAAGAGGGUGUACUUCCCUACAAACCCUGUCCAAAAUUCGCGAAGUGACUUCAGCGGAAACUGUAGCUGUCCCCUUUUCGAGUUCCCGAGCUGCUCCGCGACCCCCUGCUGAACCCAUCGCGACCCACAGUUUCGGAAGCGCUGCUCUACAUCAUCUUGCACUCAUCAGGAAAAGCUGCUAGUGACUGUGUAGAAGAAAAAAGUCGAAAGAUGCAGACAUGUACAAGAAAUUACGAAGAGGAACCUAUCUGUUCUUUUUUUUCUAACCGCUUAUGAAAAUGUGGCUGGCAAAUAUUUGCAGUUUUUGCAUAGUCGUCGAUGUGUACAACCUUGCCCAUUGCAGAAACCUGGUGAGAAUGGACAGUGAUAAGGUGAAGGGAAAGGCAAGGAGGAAGGAGAACUGCUGUUGAAAUUUUAUCCUGAUAAUGAUUGGUUAGGGUUUAUUCAGGUUUUGUGGCUUCCAUCUACUUUUAUUACUUUUCCUGCCUUUCCAGUGUCUGAGUAAUCAUUCUUUGUGUGAGAGAGAUGCUGCUUCAUACAUAUAAAAUUUUGUGUGUUGCAAGCGUUUCUUUUUUUUUUUCUUUUUUUUUGUCAAGCAUUUUUAUGUACCUUCAAGGAGGGGCAGAUGCAGGAUUUUACUCAUUGGAGUGGGGGGUUCUGCUUUGGACAGCAUGCUACUACACCACCUAAGGUUAAUUGAAACUUUGAGGUGGGGGGCAGGACGUCACCCCCACCCCAGAUCCGCUCCUACCUCCGAGCGCUGUCCCUGAAUGCUUUUGAAUGUUGCAUAUCACUGCUUCAAUAGCUGGAAUGUGACUAUGAUCCUGUCCUCUUUUCAUGUCCUUUUUUCCCUGUUUCAUUUCCUUGUUCGUCUCAUCCUCGUUAUCAUUGUUACUAAGGUGGUUCAAUAAAUGACCUUAAAACUUUA